AACAAAUGACUAAAAUAAAUCGCGUUAAAUGGAGCAGCAGSACAAAAUAUCUGUUCCCAUCUUCACUGAGGUGGACAGAGAGGUGUUUCUGCAGCAGAUUUAUCCAGAGCGCAGACCGGCCYUCCUGAGGGGACUGGACCUGGGUCCCUGUGUGGACACAUGGACCGCUGAGUACCUUGGACAGAAAGGAGGCGACAGGGAGGUGAAGGUCCACAUCUCCUCUGUAGCUCAGAUGGACUUCCUUCAUAAAAACUUUGUCUACAGGACUCUGCCGUUUAACCAAUUUAUCAAACGAGUGUCGGAAACGAAACACUCUGACUUCUUCCUGUGCGAGGAUGAGAGCUACUACCUGCGCUCUCUGGGAGAGGACGUCCGCAAGGAACCGGCCGAUCUCAGCAAACAGUUCCCGGACCUGGCCCAGGACUUCCACAUCCCGCAGUUCUUUGAAGCGGAUCAGUUCUUCUCCAGCGUGUUCCGGAUCAGCUCCUGUGGUCUGCAGCUGUGGACCCACUACGACGUGAUGGACAACCUGCUGGCUCAGGUGACAGGAAGGAAGCGGGUCGUUCUGUUCCGCCCCCAAGACGCGUUGCACCUCUACCUGUCAGGUGAUAAGUCGGAGAUCCUGGACAUCGACGCCCCGGACCUGAAGCGGUUUCCAGACUUCGUGAAGGCGAGGAGGUACGAGUGCGUGCUGGAGCCCGGAGAUCUGCUUUUUAUUCCCGCUCUGUGGUUCCACAACACCCUGGCCCUGCAGUUCGGGGUGGGCGUCAACGUCUUCUGGCGCCACCUGCCCGCCCACAGCUACGACAAGAAGGACCCGUACGGCAACAAGGACCCGGUGGCUGCCGCUCGAGCCCUCCAGGUCCUGGACAGGGCUCUGCAGAGUCUGGACCAGCUUCCGGCGGAGUACAGGGACUUCUACGGCCGGCGGAUGAUCCAGCGAGUCCAGAGGCGGACUUUCUGUGAGGAGCUGGACUCUGGCACCACGUUACCCAGAAACCUGGAUGAGUGCUCAGAAUAAAACCUCUCUGUGCCAUUUUAACAUUAUUUAUUAAAAUAUCGUUUUUCAUGUA